AUGCCGGCCUCCUUCUCUGAUACUGACCACGCGCAGCGCGAAAGGUCUCGUUCUCCCCGUCGUCGUUCGCGCAGCCCUCGACGCUCUAGCCGUCGUUCGUAUUCGCCGCGCAGCCGUUCUCGCAGCCGUGACGACUAUCGCCGCAGUGACCGUCGCUCUCGCUCGCCUAUGAGUACUGCUCCUGGCCCCUCCGGAGGACAAUCAGGUUUUGGUUACGGCGGCCGCAGCAGCUACCCGCCGCCCCCCAGAUCGUUCGAAGAUCGCGCUUCCGCCAAAGAACAUAUGAUGCAAUCAGUGCGCGAAUCGUCCCAGCAAGACCGUCGCGUCUAUGUGGGCAACCUAUCCUACGAUGUCAAAUGGCAUCAUCUAAAAGACUUUAUGAGACAGGGUGAGCAGGGUCAUAUCGUGUCGGGCGUGAUUGUGGAAUACGCGAACAGGGAGCAAGCGCAAAACGCCGUCAACACGCUUAGCAACCAGAAUUUGAUGGGUCGACUUGUCUACGUCCGCGAGGACCGUGAACCAGAGCCUCGUUUCACCGGCCCACCUUCUCGUGGUGACUUUGGCGGCGGUGGCCGCGGUGGUUUCGGUGGUGGUGGUUUCGGCGGUCCCGGUGGUGGUGCCGGUGGCGGCGGCCGUCAGCUCUACGUGGCUAAUCUCCCUUUCAACGUUGGCUGGCAAGACUUGAAGGAUCUUUUCCGCCAAGCAGCUCAGCAAGGCGCCGUCAUCCGUGCCGAUGUCCACACCGAUCCUUCUGGCCGUCCCAAGGGCUCCGGUAUCGUCGCCUUUGAGUCCCCCGAGGAUGCUCGCAAUGCCAUCCAACACUUCAACGGCUACGACUGGCAGGGUCGAGCCCUGGAGGUGCGCGAAGACCGCUUUGCUGGGGCCGGUCCCGGCUUCGGCGGCCGCGGUGGUUUUGGCGGCGGCUUCGGUGGUCGUGGUGGUUUUGGCGGCGGCCGCGGUGGCUUUGCCGGCCGUGGCGGCUUCGGUGGUGGCUUCGGUGGUCGUGGUGGUUUCGGCGGCGGCGGCUUCCCUGGUGGUCCCGGGGGCUUCGAGGGCGUGGCUUCCGUGCCGCCCAACACCUUCACGGACUUUGCCACCUCGGGUGGUGACAAGAGUGCUAUCAUCUACGUCCGUAACUUGCCCUGGUCGACUUGCAACGAAGAUCUUGUGGACUUGUUCUCGACCAUCGGCAAGGUUGACCGCGCUGAGAUCCAGUACGAGCCCAACGGCCGCUCGCGUGGUACGGGUGUGGUUCAGUUCGACAGUGCUGAUACCGCAGAAACCGCGAUCGCCAAAUUCACCGGUUACCAGUACGGUGGCCGUCCUCUCGGCAUCACCUUCGUCAAGUACAUGAAUGUCGACCCCGGCCAUGGCGAUGUUAUGGACGGCGGUGACCCGACCGGAGGAAUCACGCAGGAUCAGAUGAUGUAA